AUGGCAAGACGUUACUUAAUAGCAGCCUAUGCUAAGGAGGAGGAUGAAUCGCCAAAGAUCUUACCAGCUCACACAUUUACUACUAGGAGGAGCGCCGAGGAGGAAUUCACUAAAAUAGCUGGUCAAAAAAUCCGCAGUGUAAUUUUGUACGACAGUAAGACAGACGAAGUUAUCAAACUUGCCAUUCAGGGCGAACCUAUCUACCUGGUGAAAGCCAUCGAACUUGCCAGAGGACAAUUCCCUCCAAAUAAAACCUUAGACAAAUUGAAGGAUAAAGCAGCUGAUUAUGCAGCGAGCAAGGCCAUUGAAUCCAUUGCCAAAGCGUUGCUCGGCCAGUCUGUGCCAAAGAUAGGCGAUGUUGUCAUUGCUCAUUUCACUGGUCCAUAUUACGCCCUAAAGGGCGACAAUGUUGGAGUAGCGACAAGUGCUGGCGGCCUUUGGGGAGGGGUCUCAGGGGCCAUCGUUGGGACUGUCGUUGGUGGACCUAUCGGGGGCAUUGUUGGAGGGAUUAUUGGUGGAUCUGCGGCGGGCUUGGGAGCUGGUGCCAUCGUUAAAUCGUUUGAGCCACCUGAAGAGCAUACAAAGUGCGGCAAAUGCGAAGGAACUGGUUUGGUUCGGGACUUCAGACGAUGUCCAUUAUGUAACGGAUAUGGUUACAAAAAGAAGUAACUUAAUCCAGUAAAUGAGUGUGAUCAAUUAUCUAAAAAGAUUAAUGUGUUUAUGCAGAACUGAUAGACUUACUGUAAAUUUCCUAUUCUGUUAAUUCUAAUAUACAUGUAUGUGACUUUAACUUCGCAUUAUCAUAUCUACAAAAUAAGUAA